GGAUGAUCCGUCUUGUCUGCUUGUUAGAUUUGUAAAAACGGGUACAUCGGCGAGUAGCUGUAGGGCGCCGUCCGUCCGGCAUGUUUUGUUUACGGCGGUUUUGGAAUACUAUCUCACGGUCGCGUUGAGCAUUUCAGAUUAAGCUUCCAUUUCCCAUAAUUUAGGAGAAGAAGACCAGACACGAGGAAAGAGAAAAAGAGAACGUGUGAGAGAGCAAGGAGAUGUUGACUUAUCCCUCUGACUUGUUCCCUCACAUAGUUUGUCCAAUGGAUGAAGAUGCUAUUCCCCCAAACCCUGUCUGUAGUGCACCUCCCCACAGUGAACCUCCACCACCUCUCCUCUCCCUUUCCUCCAUCACUCCCAGCUUUGCAAAUGAUGGACUGUCUGGACACAGAAGGAGUGAUCGGAUUCAAGCGAUCAGAGUGCAGACUCCAAAAAAGCAGCGUUACACAGAAAGCCGAGCCGUUCAGAAACCAUCCAAACCAAAUCCAUCCCCUUCAAAGAGACAAAGAGGAAAUGCAAUUAUGGUGCAAAUGUCGGAGUCCAAGCAGCCAAGAGUUGUGCUUGAGAAAUCGAACAGGGAUGAGUUCGACAUCAGUUUUGCUGCAGAGGAUCAAAAUCUGCAAAAAGACCCCAAAAGCGUGCAGAAGAAAACCAAUGGAGAAAAUGUAGUGAAACCAUUUGAAGAAAAGACUUCUCAGAAUCUUGAUGUGACUGAACCUGACAUGGAUAUUUGUGGAGAAUUAUCUACUGGGGACACUGAAAAUGUGUCUGCCUCAAAGGGAUGGACAAUUGCCCCGUUGUUUCAGUCACUGAAGUCAAAAAUGGCUAGUUUCACUGAGAUCGUCAUGACUCCAGUGAAACUCUUCAGGCCCAGUAGCCCUAUACCGUCCAUGGAACUGUCAGUGAAACUCCCUGACUGUGAACUACAGGCUGAUGGAGCAGCUGACAUUGAACAAUCAGAGCCAGACAAUGCAUUCUGUCCAGAAGGACAAAAUGAGAACAGUAAUCAGGAUACUAAAGCUGAUCAAGAGGAUCUUACCGAUACUGGAGAUACAACAAGCACAAGAACUAUUUUUCACAAAUAUUCAAAAAAACUUGAAUUUGAUGACUUGUCAACACACCAUCCUAAACACGCUGUUGAAAGCGGUAUAAAUCAGAAUGAAAAAACCUUACCUGAUUUAGUGCCUUUGUCACACAACUCCUUGCCCUGCAUGAUUUCUGAGGAAGUUUCAGAAUCGUUUGGGUCCACUCUGAGUUCAUCCUGCCUCUUGCAGCCCUCUGCCAAAGUAAGUGCCUCACGUGAGUCCAAGUUAAAGAUAUCCAAUGCCGUGGAGGACCAGAAAGGCAAGCUGAAACCACUGCCCAAAAAACUUAUCAGAAAUAGAUCCCAGUUAAAGGAAGUUAACUCUAAGCUUCUGAUAUCUGAAUACAAAAAACAACCAUCUGACCCAGAGAUGAAUGGCCACCAGAACUCAGUUCAGUCAAACAACUGUGAUUUGAGUCUUUGUCCUGAUGUUGAUGUUAAUUUUGGUGAUGUAGAAAGUUGCCUCUUGGUUCGACAGAGUAUCCGCAACAACCCAAGUGACAGUAUGAAUGGAACUUCUCUGAUGUCCGCUUUAGAUGCACAGCUGAUGGAAAGCCAGCACAACUCUGAAAUGUGUCCAUUGCCAAAUGUUGGACGAGCAAAGAGAACACAGAAACUGAGCCAUUAUUCCCAAAGCUCUGUUAAGAAGAGAAGAAGGCAAGUUUUAUCACAAAAAGAUGACACAAGAAAUCAGCUGUCACUGAGCAUGGCUUCAGAUGGUGACAUGAUUAGGGGCCCAAGAACACCAAGAAGGGGAGUUACACUGAUGAAUACCAUUCCAGAUGAGGAAGCCAAUGUAAAAAGUGAUGCAAGACAGGUUGUGUCAACAAGGGCAAAAAGGAAAGGGAAAGAUGGACAAAAGAUACUCAAUACUGUGGAUAAAGCAGUGAUUGCCACACAGACUGAAAGUUCCCCUGAUGUUAUGUUGGUUUGCUCACUGAAUAAAAGUGCCGCACCAGAGGCCAACCCAAAGGACGGCAGCAAAGUGAAGAGCAAUAGUUCGUGCAAAAGAAUGAAGAAAACCACUUUUGGUAAAGUUGAUAUAAACAAUGAUAACGGUAUGGAUCUAGAAACAACUGUGGCAAUCACCUCUACAAAACAAACUGAGGAGAUGCCUUUAUCUGAAGUUUUUGUCCAUCCUGAUAAAAAGCAGCUCCAGUGCACAAACAGGUGCAGGAAUACAAACAAAAAGCCACUAAAAAGGAAGUCAGCAAAUCGUCCAAGUUCAGUGGCAGAAACAGACAGCACUUUGGUGUCUACCUCAUCAGUGGAAACCUUGAAACUCAUGACUACAGAUAACUUAACUAGAGGACAGAGCCAACUGCCCAAGAGGCUUAGAAAUAGUGUCCAGUCCUCAGUGUCCAGUGCAACUCAAGAAACAAAACAAGGUGUCGGCAACCUUCAUUUGACAGCCAAAGAAAGCCAGUCUAAACAUAACCACAAAAAAAUCUCAUUGGGUCCUGUAUAUUUUGAAAUGACACCUUCUGAAUAUAAUCCCCAACCUGAUCUAGUACAAUCCCAGCCUAAUUUAGACCGUUAUGAACGUAUACCCAAUCUCAAUAAGCAUGUUCUAGAUGAGAAAGAAAAGAGUUCUGCCUCUAUGAAAGAUGAGAUAUUUUUCACGGACUUCGAAAUGAGUAACUAUAGCCGAAGGUCUGGCACAAGACGAAUAAAUGCUAAGCGAAGAAGAGCAGAUAACCAAAGGAGGGGCUGCAGGGUUUUCCCUAGUAGAGGAAAUAAAAGUGAAGAGAUGACCAAAUCCAUCACUAUGGAGGAUGCAGACUUGACUGCAUCACACUUGCACUCAUCAAAAGAAGAUGUGUCAAGACGCCUGUCACGCAGUUACUCUUGCCCAGAGAUCCUGACCCUCCUUCCCCACGAAGCACCCUGGACGACUUCAUCCCAUCACAGUAGGACUCGGACAUCACAUCAUCAUCAUCACCACCAUCAUCAUCACAGCCUUUUUGCCUCUCAAGCUCAGAAAUUAGCUCGGCGGGCUCGUCGACACACGGUCUGCAGUUUGGAGGUGGAGAGGGAAAUUGCCCCCCUGUGUCUUCGGAAGGAAAUUUACCCAUCCAGAAGAUCUGCCCCAUAUGAUCCCGUCAUCCAGCACAUGUCUCCCAGUCAUACGCAUUCCCCGAGCAUGUACCUCUCAGCUCUUGCUUCCUGCUUUCUUUCGAGUCCACUGGCUUUUCUUUCCAAGAAGGUUGACUGCAAAGGACCUGCUGCCACCCCCUGUACAUCAGGUCACGUUACCUCUCCUUCCUAUUCUUCCACCUUAGCAUCCCCAAUGAGCUCCUCUGUAUGGCAUCCUCCUGGUUUUAUCCCCAGAGCUGACUCUGAUGCUGCCUUGGAUUCUAGUAACUGUGGCAAUCCUUUGCAAUCUGAAUCUGAGAAGAGACAGCAGAGUGAAGAGGAGGAUGAUGGUGAAGACACAAGCUCCUCCAGCCAUGAGUUUGAAGAUGUUGGGUUGAGAGAGGAAAAAGCUUUGUCUGAUUCUGAAAUCAAAGUUGUGCAGAAGCAUGAAGAACGAGGAAAGGUGUCAUCCAUUAGAAUUCGGAAAACUUUACCCAAACCUCAGACCAACUUGACACCCAUGGGUCUUCCCAAACCCAUUAGGCUGAAAAAGAAGGAGUUUAGCUUGGAAGAAAUUUACACCAAUAAGAAUUUCUGCAAACCCCCAGAGAGUCGGCUUGAAACCAUAUUUGAGGUGCCUUUCAAUCGCAGGAAUGGUUCCGAGUCCUGGUUUGGCCAGAAACGUGUCAAACGUUUUUUGGAGUUCUUGGAGGUUGGUGAAGCCAGAAAACCAAAGAAGCCUCUUGUUGGAGUUGGAAAAGCAGGAAACUCCUCCUGUAGGACAAGACGAGGAGGCUUCCCUAAAGAUGAAUCUUCCCAUAGCGUUCAGGAUGUGGACUCAAUGCUCUGCGCAAAGCUCGAUCAGUUGAAUUUGUGGUUGAUACAUGAUCAGAAAGAUCAGCCUGUUUAAUGGAGGUUGUAACAGAUAAGACUGUUCAUCUAAUGGUAAUAAAUGAAUGUUGUGAGGGCAGGCACUUAAUGGAGUAUUUGAUAUUUUCUAGCAUUUUUGCCUGUAAUUUAAGGAGCAGUACAUCUUAGUACUAUAAAUGUGUUGUAUCCUAGAAGCUGGUUAUAAACAUAGUGUUAAACAUAAUUAUCCGUAUUUACUGAAGUCUAAUUUGUUUCCACAUUUAGUCUCUGCUGUCCGUCUCUCCCCUCAGCCUCUUUGUUUGGUAAAACUAUCUUAAAACAAAAGCCGGUAUUUUUGUUUGUAAAGUAGUUGAACAUUGUGUUUAUUAUUUUUAGACUUCUGGCUCUGCAGCCUGCAGGAGGAGUUGUAGAUGAUUAAGAUAACUGUUUGUUUUCAUAAAACAGCACAGAUUGCAUCAGAUUUUUGUUGUAAUGCCUGUUUUAAAAGAAAACAACUAGUGUUUUGUUCCCUUUGCAGCAUUGUUUAAAGUUGUUUAUAAGGGCAGCUACUUUUUUCUAUUAAAGGCUGAAUAUAACGUAAAUGUGCCAGCUAGAGAUUUGUAUUUGCUACAGCCAAUUUCACAGUGGCAUUUAUGUCUAUAAAUUUUCUACAAUCAAAUGUCUCCAAAUAGUUUGGACUGCAUAAAUAAUUUUACUCAGCUCAGGACAGGGCCUGGUAAAUAAUUUGUUAUUUGUGUUUGUAACUUCACGGUUGUGAACGUCUUGUUUUUUAUGUGACAUAACAUGGAGAAAUGAAGCAAUCCAGGGAGCAUUUCUAGUAGAAACUGUUCACCGCUGUGUUCCUUUGCUUUUAUUUAAAGUUCUCUGCAGAUUGCUUUGUGGUGAAUAUUUUUGUGUUGCAUUUCUAUUUUUGUGUGUGUGUGUGUGUGUGUUUCUCUUCCUUUUUCCAAAUGUAAAUGAGGUUGCCUUAACUGUAAAAUUUGUUGAGAUGUUUGUUGCCAUAUUUGUAAUUGUUGCCAUAUUUGUAUGAGAGAAUGUUAAAAAGCAGCAAGGAACCUGAAGCACAACAACCCAUUUUAUUAUAAAAUACUUUGUGUAAAUGUAUAAAAGUACAACAUGUGUAUACAUCAAAGAAAAUAAUAAAGUUAUAGUAACAAUGCAAUAAAAUCAAGAUAAUGUUGG